ACCCGUUGGCUGGAACCAAACAAACAAUUUUAUCGGUACAGCUCAAUCGCAUUAAACAGCCGUCGCCGUAUUUUGCCACUCAGUAUCGUCGGGACGAUAGCUGGUUAUUUAAGGCAAUCGAUGUAAUUAGCCGUCCCCGCUCAAGUUUAACCAUCCGCUUCACUUCAGCUUGUUCCCCUUUGACCACUUGUCGUUCGCUUCAGUUCCAUUCAGUUCAUCUGCGACGAUCCAUCGUAUCGCCAACAAUCGAACAUUCGACUGUUCAGCCGUGUUCAGCUCGCAACUGGUCUCGAACAUAUAUACAUAUAUUCUUCAGCUCAGACUCCAAGAAAUGGCUACGCAGGCGCGUGAAAAUGUGAAAGUCGAAAAAGUGACAGAUGCUUACGGCCUUUCCGAAGGCCCUCAUUGGGAUCAUCGUACUCAAAAGUUGUAUUUUGUUGACAUAUAUAAUCAGUAUAUACGCAGACUAGAUCCCGCAACAGGUGUUGUGACCAGUGCAUACAUAGAUCAUGGGACUAUAGGAGUUGCUGUACCUUUGGAUGACAGUGUUGACCAACUUAUAGCAGGUUCAGGAAAAGAUGUUAUUCGUGUUACAUGGGACGGAGACAGCAAUAAAUCUAAGGUACCAGUCAAAGUGUUGUGUUCGGUCGAUUCUCCUCAGGCUCAAACGAGAAUUAAUGAUGGAAAAGUGGACUCGGCUGGAAGAUUUUGGCUCGGUACUAUGGGUAACGAAGUAAAUGGAAAGAUAGCUCCCAAUUUAGGGACAUUAUAUCGCGUUGAUGAUGAUUUUGAGCCAAAAAAGGAAAUAUCACCUGUUACAAUAAGUAACGGAUUGGCAUGGAAUAUAGAAGAUGACACUUUGUAUUAUAUUGAUUCACCUACUCGUCAGGUUGCAGCGUAUGAUUACAAUCCGACUAAUGGGACAAUAUCUAAUAAGAGGAUUGUAUUCGAUCUCAAUAAGACUAAUUUGAAAGGAUUACCUGAUGGAAUGACUAUAGAUACAGAUGGCAAUCUUUGGAUAGCAUUAUUUGGUGGAUCUCGAGUUAUUUGCGUAGAUCCGAAAACAGGAAAUGUAUUAUCCAAAGUUGAGCUUCCAGCUGAAAACGUAACCAGUGUCGCAUUCGGCGGUCCGCUUCUAGAUACUUUGUAUGUGACCACAUCUGGUUACAAUAUAAGUGCAGAGCAACGACAAGCAACUCCUCACGCUGGUGCUAUAUUCGCGGUGACAGGCCUAGAAGUUCGUGGAGUUCUUGCAAAUUCAUUUAUAAUGAUAGAUUAAAAGAAUAGGAAUUUUGCAAGAAAUAGAUAUC